UGUGGACUGUGGAGGGCCCUCAAGAAUUGGCACAGGCAACAGCCUCUAUUAAUCUUUACGAAAGUGAUUUCCAUUUGAUCUUCCAAGUUCCAAUCCAGAGGGAAAAACUAGGUCCCAUUGGGAUUAGUCUGGUUUCCUCACGAUGUAUUUAUUUUGAUUGGUAUGUGUAGGUAUACAUAUAUAAAUAAACUUUCUAUUGAAUCCAAACUACCUCUAUUAAUUUGAAUAUUGCCCGACAGUUAUGCUUUAUUAAUCAAUUAAUACACAUGUCCCACAAAAACCGGCAAUGUGCUCAACGGAUUAUUGAACGUGCGCCCCAAUAAAAGCGUAAUAGCCGGAUUCGUCAUAUUUUUAUUGUGCACACAAUCACGAAACCCCCGCGACUCUCAGUCGCCAGCUGACUUGCAAAGAAUCCGGUAAACUUUACUUACUUCAGUAAUAUAUAGUUUCAGUGAGACCAAUAGGGUUUAACCGUGUAAUCAUGCAACGUCCGUAUGCGCGCCGGUAUUUGCGUCCGAAUAACAUGCACGAGGCUUCCUAUGGUGAUUUCGAAUAUGUGGUGACGAAGAAAGAGGCACCGCGCGUAUGCUUCGGAACCGGACUGGCCCGAGAAGUCCUCCCCACCGAAGGCCCAUGUAUGAGUCCUUUCAUGAGGCUUUUGACGCAAAAAGGAAGACCCAACUUAGGCCCUGGGACGUAUAACGGCGACCGCGAUGCGUUCUACGAUAUAACUCAUAGGAUUUACAGCAAAUACGGUCUCGGACCGAGAGGUCCACGGUUCGCAAUGAGGCACGAGUACCAGCCACCUCCACGGGAGCCUCCACCAAAGAAACCUUUUCCUCAGAACUGUGCGCCAUUCAACCAAACCGGACAGAGAAAGGGAAUCUUCCAAGCUAAUCCCUAUCCCUCACCUUGCGAUUACUGUCCAGAAUUUAAGAAGAGACAAAUAAAAUUUGCAUAUAGUUUCUCUGGGAAGAAAGUUUUACGCUGCCCCGUUAUGAUUAAAUGUGUUCCCUAUAACUUGGACGCCUGCGGAUAUUGUGGAUGCUCGUGUUCUGCACAAGGGGACUAUUGGCAGUUUGAGAAUCGAAUCUUCCUCUGCAGAGAACAUUAUGCACAGUUGUUCAAACAUUGUCUAUCUAAAUUCCAAGGCGCGAAGUUGGCUGAUUUUAAGUCUGUACGGGAUUGUUUCUUUGCCCAUGCACACAACAGCUGCCAAGCAGCAUUAAAAAUAAUGACAAAUGAAGAAAUACAGAAAAAGCUGAGAAAAGAAGCCUACCUCGAUCUUUACUUUCCACAGCGGCGUUUCUGCGAAGGGGCCAACGGCUGACACGACUUACUGUUUAUUAUAGUUAUUUUAUAUCAACGUUUAUUUCAUAUGUGUAUAUAUUUCUAAAUUUAUUCGUUUUAUAAAUAUUUUUUAGAUUA